CUUUGAACUCGUGAUUCAAAUCUCUAUGUUACGCCGCGACAAACGACUUUUACGCCACACGUAAGGUCGUCUAGUUUAGGGUAAGAGACGGAUCGCCCUGAAAUUUAUGUUCAAGAGAAUUAACUGAUGUUGCCAGCGUUUGUCGCCAGGCUCAUUAUAACUGUUUUCGGAGUUAUGCACCCCUCUUAUAGAACUUAUAAAGCGAUUAAAAGGAAAGAUUAUCAGGAAGUGGUGACACUUGGCAUGUACUGGGUAGUGUUCAGCAUGUAUAUAACUUUGGAGCUAGUGACGGAUAUUUUACUCCAGUGGCUGCCUUUUUAUUACGAAGCGAAGACUCUAUUCGUCAUAUGGCUUGUCACACCAGCCACUUCUGGGUAUAGUUUUAUAUACCGAAAAGUGAUCCACCCAGAGCUUACGAAGAGAGAAACCGAAAUUGACGAGGCCAUAAACAGAGCAAAAGAAAAAGGAUAUUCGAAAGUCGUGGAGUUUGGUGCCAAAGGACUAAAUUAUGCUGCGAAGGCUGUUCUUUCCGGUGCACUGUUGGGACAAGAUUUUCUAGCUGAUCGUCUUGGUAAACGAAGCUCAAGCAUGUUUGAACUUAAUCGUGGACCUAUAGUGAGACGGCAGAAGCUGAGGACCACUGAGGUAUUCGAUUAUGAUGAUCCCGACUUCGUUAGUCAUUUACGAGAAAGAACAACUCAAGAGGAUGAUCCAUUUGCACUUAACUGGCUUCAAAUGGGAUCAACAGGGUCACUAGGGCGACAUUGGAGACCAGGUUCUAAAGGUGUGCUGUGCAAUUUUUUUGUUUUAUUCAUAUACUGUGAAUGUUGCUGUCUAAUAAUUUUAUGAGUUUUGUCAUUUUGGCACACGAUAUAUCAGUAGAACACCUAACCAUUACAUUUCAUUUCCGGAUAUUCUAAGUAUUUGAAACGUGGUGAAAUUAUCCAAUGUAUUUUAGUCAAUCUUUUUUCAUGUUUUGUUAUCUUGAACCGUGUAUUUAGUUGAGUAAUUUAUUCCUUUGGUGACUAACUUGUUUUACCCUUAAUCAUGUAUUUAUAAUUCCAUUGUUGGAUUUGUCCAACAGUUUUCUGGUAUACAUUUAACACUCUAGAUUUCAUAUACCCUAAAUUGGCUGAAUGCCGGUACACAAUUAAAGUCUGUUUUCUUAGUAACAGCUGAUUAUUUCCUUUUCUUUGAAAUAAAAGUAAGACUUUGUGGCACUUUUUAGUCGAACAUCCGAUUUGUAGCUCAAAAGAGUUUGGUUGCGUGCCUGCGGGUGAAUCAUGGUAUUAAACAAGUAGAUCGCUUUACAUCGUGGCAACAAAGACGUCAAUAAUCUUUUGUAUUUUAAUCGAUUACUGUUCACUACUAAUCUAGUAAUAAUCCAUCGGGACAAGUAACCAUAUGAAUAUGUUCACUUGAAGGAUUUUUGAACUACUUGGAGGUAUGGUUUACGUAUGGCUUUUGUCCGAUGUUACUAUACAUGUUGAUAACCGCCCUCAUACCUCUAGCAGCACUCAGGAUCACUGUAUUCAUAAUCAAUCUCCCUCUUCAAUUGCUAUUAUUUCUCCUACCUCCACUUUCAACUCUAAACUUCCUCUUUUGACUUCCUCCUCAAGUGUCACCAUGGCCAACGAUUCUAGUGCCCGAAAGCAUAUGUGUGCCUGGUCCUAUGUUGUAGUUGACUGACAUGUUGAAACACUGUCUACUUCACCCUGUCAUAGGUUGAAUGUGAUACUUUUGAAGAUAUCAUUCAGUCAGUAAUAAAAAACAUAAGAUUUGGUUCAAAUAUGUAUCUGCUUUGGUUACCAAAACUAUCACCAGAAACUCGUUCGGAUAUUUCACACCCAAUAGUUUAACCACAAACGCCCGCUAUUUUGAAUACUCAUAAGUACACAUGUCGAAAUUUUCAUCUAGAUAACAUAAUUAUGUGGCUGUCAAGAACAUUCAUAAUCAUGUGUUAGUAAUUACCAGUAUAUGGUGCUUACAGUUAAACCGAUUUCGCAGCAUAUAUCUGAACCUAAGCACAGUGUCAAUCUCAAAUUAUCCUUUCUAUUAUAAUACAAAUGACGAACGGAGAUGAAAUCAUUAAUGCCAAUUUCAGAUUGUAGACAAAUUAUUACUUAGUGUUUAAGCGUUUGUAAAUAUAUAGUUCACAAAAGAGUUUAUAAUUUAUUUUGACUCAUCACAGUUAUAUGUCAUUGUUGCUGAAGAGAUAUUUAAACUGUUCACGAGUAUGCUUAAUGUUUGCUUACAGUACGUUUGUUCUGUGUGAUCCAUAGCUCUCCUGUUACUUUAACCCUAUAGUUGAUAGUAUUACACUCCUGUCGAUUUCCUCUUUAUUGAUGUGAAUUGUGAUACCUUUGACCAACAAACAUUUAUGCUUGGAUCACUAAAAAAGAAUUACUCUAUAGAAAGUUUGCUUGCAAAAAUAGUUAUCUUUUCAUGAGGUUAUAUGCAAAUACAAAGUAAAACAAUCAUAAUUAAUACCUAGCUGUUUUUAAAUUUCCCAUUGAUCCUAUGUUGCGAUUGACUGACUUAAAUUCGGGGAUUGACGUCAAUAAUUCUGUCAUAUGAUAAUAGUCAUCACUCAGACAUAUUUCAUAUUGUUUAUCAUCUGUCUAUCAAUAAUUUUUCCUCUUUUAUAACAAUCAAAGAUUUCGUCCACUUAACUUCUAUUGAUAACAAUCUCCUAAUCACUAGAAUAAGCAUAAGUGGCUGUUUAUAUUGAUGCCAAAUCUAGUUAAACACUAUUGAUAUGAAGUCGAUAAUAUGUUCAUAAUAAAAAAAUUUCAUCUGAGUAUAAUAUUAUGUAGAGUGAAAUAAAUUAGUCUUUAUAAUUUUACUUCUCUGUGUUGAUGUGGUGUGGUAACGUAAAUUGAUGCACAAGUUCUAUGUUACUUUGACUAACUGAGUCUAAAAGUCUGUAGCUCAAUGUAACACACCAACCAACUGAAGAUCCAUGUACUCAGCUUUAAGUCAAAUAGUCUUUUUCAGGAUUUCUAAUAUUACGUGAUUACAUACAUUGUUGAUGCAUACAUGUUGACGUCUAACCUUGUUCAUAUAAUACCUACCUAUCUUUUUCAGUCGAUUUUUGUUCUGUAUGAUGGAUACAAACAUUCUUGAAUAGUGAUUCUUUAAAUCAUAUCAUAUCUUUGUGAUAACAGUAUUUACUUUUUAAACUCUCUUCAUUAACAUUUUAUAAUUCAUGUACUCAAGUAACUAUUAAUUGAUAGUUAUCAUUAAUCUACUCAUUAUCAUUUUGUUGUUUGCUAU